AUGUCUGGUGAAGAGACCGCGCAAGCAGCGGGAUCAGGGCCACCACUCUCUGCUGUGCCAUGGUCCCAGAUACCGAAGUUUGUGCCGGGCGAAACGGACGUCCAGGUGUACUCCAGGAAGUUAGAGUUCCUUCGAGCUCUAUGGCCAAAGGAGCAGUUGGAGCACUUAGGCCCCAGGGCUGCUCUCCUUGUGGAGGGCAUUGCUUUCCAGAAGGUCUCGAGACUGGACCCACAAAAGCUCAGGGAGCCAGAUGGGGUCUCGUACCUAGUGCAAGCACUGGGUGGUCAGUGGGGUCGCUUGGCCUCCGAAGAGAAGCUCAACUACUUCGAGAGGGCACUGUACCUGGUGCAUCAGAAACCGGAUGAGAGCCACGACAGCUACCUGGCCAGACACGAUGCAGCUUUCGAAGACCUGAUCAGUCAGAAGGUGAGUCUGGAGGAGGUUCGUGCCUACAUUCUCCUACGUCAAUCUCUUUUGACACCCGAUGAAAGAAAACGAAUCAUCAUGGAGAAGGGCGGGAACCUGAACUAUGAUGAUGCCCGACAGCAGAUCCGACUUCUAGGGUCUCGGUUCUUCCAAGAGCUGCAGUCUGGGAGUGGAGGACGUGCAUCAAAACUCAAAACCUAUGACAUCAACCAUGUGGAUGAGGAAACAGCCUUGUGGCAUGAUGAUGAGGAUGAAGACGAGGACACAUUCAUCCACACCCUGGCAGAAAAUGGAGAUGAAGAUGCCUGCUUUGUGGCUGACUUUGAGGAGCAGAUCCUGGUAGCAUGCCAAGAAAGCUCACAGUUAGCUGCCUGCUUCACCACAUACCAAGAAGCUCGCUUUCGACUGAAGGAGAAAGCCCGGAACAGAGGCUUUUGGCCACCAAGCGCCAACAAAGGACGAGGACGAGGAAAAGGGUAUGGCGGAAAAGGGAAAGGAUCUUCGGCUGGGGAGAAGGGUGCUUCAUGGUCGACUGGUGGCAACAUGUUCAGUCGAAGGAAAACCCUGGCGGACAGGAUUGCCAACAGCAAUUGCCGAAAGUGUGGCCGUCCUGGUCACUGGAAACGUGAGUGUCCCCUGGGCCUUGGAAUGGUUGCCACAACUCCAGUCAAAAAGCCGGAGAAUGAGAACUUCACUGGCCUGAUGAUCGAUGACUUUGAGGUCUACACGGAGAACGUCUACUCGGCGAUCACUGGUGACGACCUGGUGACGGAGCUUCCUCCGGGAGCUGAAGUUUUGGAGGUCAGUGAGGUAAACGGGGUCAUGGUGGAUCAUGGAGUGUGUCAUGUUGAACAUGUGAACAUGGGUGAUGUGGGGUUUGUGAAUCAGAGGGGUCCUAAAGAUGCUGAUCUGACCACCAAUCUCGUUCACCGACUUGUUCCCUGCUGUAGGAGUAUUAGAUGCAUCAACCUCAAGACCGCUCUGCCGACUGCCAACAGCGAGCCAGCCUGCAGGGAGUCCACUUUUCUGCCGGGUCAUAGCGAUCAUGAGGCAGGUGGAACCUGUAUUUUCAAUGUAGAGGAAGCGGAUGAUGAAGCUAUCAUUGAUACUGGCGCCAGUAAAGCAGUCAUUGGAAAGGAACGUUUGUCUAGGCUGUUAAAGAGCUUACCAAAGGGAAUCAGGGCAAUGUCUUCGCAGGUGCCGUAUCUGCAGCAGAUGCUGACCUCACCGGUGGAUCCAAGUCUCCAGAGUCAACAGCAGCACCACGAGAUGCCCUCGGUGCUGACUCGUCCGCCAGGAGUGGAGAAUCUGGAGGAGUGGGGAAAGCUGCGCAUACCCUCCGGGAAACACCCCGGGAAGACCUUUGCCGAGAUCUACGAGAACGACAGGGCCUACACACGCCAAAUGUGGAAUCGGAAGGCAGUGUCGUCAUGGACACGCAGCUUCCAGCUGUACUGUCGCCAUCGCCGGGAGAAGAGCAUCGAAAAUCAGGAACGGGAGACAAAGGAACAGGGAUUGCAGAUGCCGAUCUCGCCACAUAUGACACCGGAAGUCCAGGAGUUGAUUGCGGCAGGGGGAGCACCAUGGCUCUCUCCACGCACCAAUGCCAAGCUCAUUGCCGCCAAGGCCAAGUCGAAGAGCACAGCACGACCAGCAACUCCCAGAUCAGAGAUCAAGGAGGAGUCCGAGUGGCAGAAGAUCGGAGUCGAGGAGAAGACCAACAAGCGUGGGUAUCCGACAUCCAGCAUGCCAUCGAUGGAGAUUCAGCCCAACGAGGAUCGAGUGAGAGAGCUGACCACGAAGAUAGCGGUGUUGCAACGAGAAUUGCAACUGGAGACCCAGGGAAAGCACCAUCCAGGGGAAGAGAAAGGCAGUCUGAUCGUCACCACCUGGAGUUGUGCAAUCAGAUUUAUCUACACCAAAUUUCCAAAGGAAACCACUUCCACCUGGAACAGCCGAGGGGAUCGGAAAUGUCGGGCAGCUUCAAAUGCCGAGGACCUCCGAGUUUCUUCAGAAGAGGACCCAGGUCUAGAACAUGAAAGACCAGAACUGGCACAUGAAUCCUUGCAGUUGCAGAAGCGGCGCCGAGUCGAGCUGAAACAGCCCGAAUCUUCACUGUAUGGAAAGGCACCAGCAUGGAAAGAUGUGUUCCGUCAAGCUGGAUAUGAGACACCACGUGUUGGGGGUCAUCGGUUUGAGGAAGGGACUGUUCUGGUAAAACUGAUUCAGCAAUUGGUGCCUGAAUUCUCGGUGAAGCGGUGCCCAGGCAGUUUCGAAGAUGCGCCAAUGAGUGAGAGGCAUCAAGUUCUUCCUCCGCUGGAUGGCAUUUCCGCCGAUAGAGAUGAGGUUGAGAGUCAAAUCCAAGUUUAUCAAGAGGCAUGGGUCCAUUGGGCAGGACCGAGCCGCGUUUUGUAUUUAGAUCCGGCUGGUGAGUAUGUCAGUGACUCCUGGGCGGCACAUCUUCAGAGCGACGGCACUCGUGUCAUCGAUGAAAAACCCCAGGGGAGAAACUAUCUGGAGUUGGAUGAUGUCCCUGAUGAAGAAGAGGGAGAGGGAGAUGGCAGAUCCCUUGGGAUCCAUGCACCACCAGAACUUCAGAAGGGGCUAGAGAUGGAAGAGGGUGAUCAGUGUGCCCUUACUGGGGGUGCGUAUGGUAGGAUAGAUGCUCCUUACCUCUGGUACCAAGCUUUUCGAGCCACCUUAGAAGAACUGGGGUUCAUUGCCUGUCCUCUAGAUGGUUGCCUUUUCAGCCUUGUCACACCUGACAAUAAGACUGGACAACCAAUUGUCCGGGGUGUCCUGGGUAUCCAUGUCGACGACGGCAUCGGUGGAGGUGACCAGUAUCAGCAGUGGGAUGAUGGGUCAAUUGAGAUGGAUCAGAUUGACUAUUUGCGUAAGAUUGAACCCAUUGAGGACAGUGAUCUGUCCAAUGGCUUGGAGUUCGAAGAGGAUUCCUCGUGUGGUGACAUCCACAUUGAGCGCAGAGGCCAUCUCUUUAAGCUCGGCCCUUGA